CUUCAAAAAAUAUUGAAAAUACAGCUCCUUUAAAGAACACUGAAAAUAGAGCAUCUUCAAAGAGUAUUGAAAAUAAAGAUACAGAAAUGAACCUACAGUCUAAGCUACGGUCAUCUUCCUGUUUAAAGGAAAGCACAGGUGUCUGAGCAGUGACCUGACCUGCCUAAGAAUGAUUUACUCUUCAGCCUCUCCAGUCUUAUUUUAUUCUCCAAGGCUUUAUUUCAUAUUUACCUUCCUAUGUGAAGGUCAAUUGGUUAAAGAUACAGUCCUUGCAGAGCAGGAGAAAAAUAAUGAACAUUGCCUUCAGGAUAUUGAUGAUAAGUUGUCUGAAUCAACGGACGAUGAUGGUGAAGGUGAUACCAAUGAUGAAGAUAAUGAUGAAGACGGUAACCCUAGUAAGGAUACUCAUGCCCCAUUAGAAUUAAUGGCAGAAUUCCUGAGAGCAGAAAUGGGCCAAGACUACCAUUUGGCAAAAAAAUUAUGUCAGAUGAUCCUAAUCUAUGAACCAGAAAAUCCUGAGGCCAAGGAGUUUUUCUCACUUAUUGAAGAAAUGUUGCUGAUGGAGAAAUCUCAGAAUCCUGAGGAAGAUGAUGAAGAUAGUGAAGAAGACAGCAGCGGUGAGAGUGAAGGAGAAAGCAGUGAGGAGCUAAGUGAAGAAAGCUCCAACGAAUGUGAAGACGGGUGAUGAAAGUUGCUGCUGUGGUUCAGUCUUCAUGUAUUUUCGUUACCGACUACCAAACAAAUAUAAAGGACAAAGCUG